AUGGAGGAUGUGCUGCCCACAUGGCGGGCGCGGCGGCAGGCGGAGCUGCGGGCGUUGGCGCUGGGCCAGGGUGACUUCCGGCUGCUGGACCAGGAGGGUCGUCCACGGCAGAAGGCCGACUUCCGCGGGCAGUGGGUGCUGCUCUACUUUGGCUUCACCCACUGCCCUGACAUCUGCCCCGAGGAGCUGGAGAAGCUGAGCCGGGCCGUGGAGCUGCUGGAGCGGGAGCCGGGCCUUCCUCCCCUCCAGCCCCUCUUCAUCACCGUUGACCCCCAGCGCGACGAUGUGGCAGCCAUGAAGCGUUACGUCCAGGAUUUUCACCCCCGGCUCCUGGGGUUGACCGGCAGCCCCGAGGAGGUGCGGGCGGCUGCCGACGCCUACCGCGUCUACGCCAGCACCGGCCCCAAGGACGAGGAUGGCGACUACAUCGUGGACCACACUGUCCUCAUCUACCUGCUGGGCCCUGACGGGCUCUUCCUCGACUACUAUGGACGCAGCAAGACGGACACCCAGAUUGCCCAGAGCGUCCGCCGGCACAUGGAGACUUACGAGCCCCUCCUCGACUGAGGAAAAUAAAUACG